AUGAACAAGGAUAUAUUUAGUUAUGAAAACAUUUUUAAAAACACAGGCAUAAAUAAAAUACAAGAUCAAAGAAAAAAAUCUCAAAAUGUGUCAAAUACAAAAAAUGAAAUAGAUAACAAAUCGGAUGUAAAUAUAAAAAAUAAGGAGAAGACAGAGAAUGUGGAAAAAGAAUCGGAAAUUUCGAAUAACACUAAUAAAAAAAAUUAUGAAAAUGAAAACAAAAUAAAAAGGAAAGAUAAUUUAAUAAAUUCGAAACAAAAAAUAAAAAAAGAUAUAUAUAGCCUUUUUUAUGAUAAAAAUGAAAUAAAUAAUAAAAAAGACAAACCUUUCAACUUUUAUUAUACUAAUGAAGAUUCAAACAUUGCUCAAUGUUUUCCUACCUAUAAUAUAAAUACAGAAAAAGACAAAGCAAUAGAUGGAAUUAAAAAUGUAAAAGAUACUGAAUUUACUAAGCAUACUUUUACUAUUUUUAAUGAAAAUGAACAAAAUUUAGUAAAAAAUGUUAAUCACAUAUUAAAAGAUAAUGAUAAAGAACGAGCUAUUCAAAAUGCAUCAACUAUUGACAAUAUAGUACAUUCUGAAAAUAAUUUAAGCAAUUUAAAUAAUAACUCAUUAAUUGAUAACAUACAAUUAUAUGUGAAAAAGGAAAAUGAAAACCAAGAAGAGGAAACAAAGUCAGACAAUUUUAUGUGUUUCUGUUUUGGAAAAUGUGGAACAUUUUUUUACACACAAGGAAGCUCUAUAGCAUAUGGCCAACUUAUAAAUAUAAUAGAUAAAGAGGUAACAAAAAAGGUGGACAAAUAUCAGAAACACAAUGAAAGGAACGAAAUAAAUGAAUAUAUAUAUACAUUGAAACAUUUUCCGGGCCCUUUUUCUCGAAGGAAUAAUAAAAUAGAUGAAAAAAUAAAGAAAUUUUUAAAUAAACUUAUAAAAAUAAAGAAAGAAAAAUAUAAAGACAAUAUUUUUGAAGAUACUCAAAAGAAUAGUAUAUACAAGCAUUUGUUAAAUAUAAUUGAAAAUGAUAAUUUGUUGGAAUUUAAUUUGAAACAAUUAAAUGUAAAUAAAAGUUAUGAAAAUGAAAAAAAAAAAAAUGAACAAAAUAACAUUGUAAUGAAGCUCUUAAAAAAUUAUCAAAAUAAUUCUAACAAUAAAAAUAAUAUGAAAGGGGUAUAUUCAGAAUGGGAAGAAAGUGAUGACUAUUCUGAUUGUUCAGAAAUAAUAUCAAAUAAAAAAAAUAAUAAAGAAAUGCGUGAAUUUAAAAUUUCCAGCAAAGAUUAUAAUCAUAAAAGCAAAUUUAAUAACAAAACUAAAGAAAACAUUAAAUUAGAAAACAACAAUAGUUCUAAAUGUGUGAUAAGCAAUUUUAACGAAAUAUCUAAAGAUGAUAAUAAAGAAAUUUUUUUUCAAACAAUUUAUGGACAAGAUUUAAAAUAUGGAUUAAUAUAUAAUAAAAAAUAUUAUUUUUCAGAUAUAAUAAAUAAAAAAUUUAUUUAUAAUAUAUUUAAAUUACAAAAUAAUGAACGAAUAACAACUGAUGAUAUAUAUUUAGAAUAUUUUAAUUUGUGUAUAUAUAAUAGUAAGAAAGCUACAAAUUUAUGUUUAAAAAAAGAUCUAUAUAAAUAUUUUUUUUUAAUUUUAAAAAAGUAUAAUAAAAAAAAAUAUAAUAAAAUGUUAGAUAAAUAUAUAAAACAUAUAAGUAUAUCAUUUAAUAACGAAUUAGAUGUAAAAAAUUGUAUGAAAAAUAUUUACAAAAUAUAUAAUUAUAAUAUAUAUGAUGAUGUUCUGGUUGAAUCAUUUAUUUUUUUUAUUUGUUUGCUAAAUAAAAAAUAUAUUUUUUUUAAAAAUAAAAAUAUUAUUAUCAAUCAUUGGUAUGUAUUCUAUACAUUAAUAUUUCACAAUUUUAUAUUUCAGUUUUCUGAAAACGAAAUUGAUUAUUGUGAUUAUAAGGAUGAUAUUAUAAAUUUCUUUCAAUAUUUGAUUGACUUAUUAAUAUAUAAUAACAGAUAUAUUGAAUCUCAAUUUCUUUAUUUAAUUAUUUCGGGAAACCCCUGCAUCUAUCAAAUUAAAACAUCAUACAUUUCAGAUGCUAAAGAAGUUCAAUCCAUUGAUUUACACACAUACUCAUAUAAAAAUAUUGAUAACGUUUCGAAUAAUUAUACUCUCAAAAUCCCUAAUGCAAUGGGAGAAAUGGAAAAUAAAUUUUCUUCUGACCCCAAAAUAGAAUCGCUAAUCCAACAUCUGCCAAAAAUUGGAUUUGAUAUAUAUACUUUUCAAGUUUGUGAUAUUUUUGAAUAUUUAUACAGAUUCAAAGAAGAAAGUUUUUUUUAUGAUGAUUUAAUUAUUUAUAAGAUAUAUUAUGCAUCUAUAUUAUUGGAAUUUGGAUUGUUAGAACAAGCCAAACAAUACAUAGAUAUUCUAUAUUAUUACAUAGAUGUGAUCAAAAGCAAUAAAAAAAAUGAAAACAUUAAUUAUAUAUUAUAUUUAUAUGAAAUAUUAGUAAAUCAGUUGAAUUAUAUUUCUCCACACAAGUUACCUACCAAUAAAAAUAUUCAAAAUGAAAAUUAUAUAAAUUUAUAUUCGAAUCAGAAUAAUUACAAUAUGCAUAAUUAUAAAAUUGUUUCUAAAAAUUAUAAUAUAAAAACUUCUACAAUUUUAACAGAAACAGAAUUACACAUAAACCAAUAUAACAACACUAUGCAUGCGGUUCGAUCAGAAUCAAAUUCACAAAUUUCUCCAUAUAAAAUUGAAACUGUAUCUAAGAAUUUGGAGAGUAUUCAAAAUGAUCCUUUUCUGAAACAUGAAAACUAUCAAACAAAUAAAGAAGAAGUAGUAAGUUAUUGUGAUAUAAAUAAUAAAAAUAAUAUGGAUAACUUAUUAAAUACAGAAAGCGAUUAUUAUAAUUUACAUACAAAUGAGCCUGUAAAAAAUUACAUGGAAUAUCAAAAUAUCGAAACAACUAGCAGUCAAACAAUGAACAAUUAUAGUUAUAAUUAUAAUUACAAUUAUAACUAUAAUAAUAAAUAUAAUGAAAAUUAUAUGUUCAAUCAAACAACUGAAAACCCUAAUGUAUUUACAAACACCAAUAUAGCGAUAUCUACUCAAGAAAAUAAAAUUGAUGAUAAACAAAAUGAUUUAUAUAACAUUUCUGGAAAUUCAUUGCCACCAAUUAAAUAUGGAGAAUGUAAUAAUAUUAUGCAAUACAAUUCUUAUGAGAUACAUUCGAGUAAAUAUAUUUCACCAAAUUAUAAUAUAAAUAAUAUGCAUACCUCAUAUAAUUAUAACAACCCUUUCCCAAUAGACACCCAAAAUAUUAACAACUGCUAUAAUCAUAAAAAUAGUAACAUUUAUUUUAAUGAACAUGAUCAGAAAGCGGAAAUAAAUAGCGACCACCAACAAGUACAUAUGAAUCAAAUCGUGGAUAAAGCUGAUAAAAUUGAUAAAACUGAUAAAAUUGAUAAAACUGAUAAAACUGAUAAAAUUGAUAAAACUGAUAAAAUUGAUAAAACUGAUAAAAUUGAUAAAACUGAUAAAAUUGAUAAAACUGAUAAAAUUGAUAAAACUGAUAAAAUUGAUAAAAUUGAUAAAAUUGAUAAAACUGAUAAAAUUGAUAAAACUGAUAAAACUGAUAAAACUGAUAAAACUGCACCAAAUGAUGCGAACCAGAAUAAUGUCGAUUUGAUAAAUAUUGGUAAAAGUUUUAUAUCUGGUUUUUUCUCAAAUAUCAAAGAAAAAAUAAAAAUAGUUGACACAGGAAAAGAAGAAACAGAAAAAGAAGAUGAAAAUAUAUUUUAUUAUGAUUAUGAAAAAAAAAGGUGGAGAGAAAAGGGUGUUACAUCUGAUGAAGAAAAAGAACGUGAAGAAACAAAAUUAAAAAACAAAAUAGAAAUGUCAAAGAUAGCUCCCCCCAUUAUAUCAAAUACAUAUAAUAGCACAAACCCUAAAAAACCUUUAGAUAUAAAAGAUAUAAGAAGUAGAUAUGUAGAUUAUUUUAAUUAA